GCCGAGGUCCUAAUUGGGCAAUCUCUCAUGAAGGAAGAUCAAAAAUCACACAAUGACGCCAAGAACUUUUUGGAGCUUAUGGAAUCUUCUUGAUUCCCAGAACACCUAACAUCAACAAAAUUAAGGAAACAUGUGGCCAACUCAUGAAUCUUGAUGAGCAAGAAAUGGAACAGCUUGCAAGGUUUAUAGGACAUGACAUAAGAGUGCACUGUGAUUAUUAUAGAAAGACUGACAAGACUUUUCAAGUUGCAAAGAUAAGCAAGCUUCUGUUGGCAAUGGAGCAAGGAACAGGUGCCCUUAUGGGAAAUAAUCUCGAUACCCUGGAUUCCUUGAUGAACAAUAGCCCUGUCUCCACCUCCAGUACUAAAAGAAACAACUCCUCGCCGAUAAUCAACUUGAACAGUCAAGAAGACCAUGCUGUUCCCGAGGACAAUGCACCUAAAAGGCCUAAAAAAAACAACAAAAGCAAACAUGAUUCUUUGGAUCACGCAGACCACUCAUCCAGCAGUUCAAGCAAUGGAAUCACUGAGGAGGCUGCAGCUGAUGGGCCUAAGAAAAAGAUGUGUAAAACGAGUAAUGAGGAUAAUACAGCCACUUUGUCCAGUGAUUUGAAAGCAGAUGUGACUCCACAAAAACCAAGGAGGCUAUGGAGUACAGAGGAAAAAGCAGCUGUGACAAAACACCUUGCCAAGUUCCUGGCUUUACGAAGAGUCCCAGGAAAGGGACCGUGUAUCCUCUGUAUUGAAAAUGAGGAAGUCCUCAAGAAUAGAUCCUGGAAGGAUAUAAAAUUUUUUAUGCAUAAUUCAAUCAUUAGCUUAAACAAGAAAAUGACCCAAUGCCCUAAGAAGUAAAAGAAAGUUGCUAUUUAAAGGCUGAUUUCCAGCAUGUUUAAUUACAAGUUAAAUUUCCAUUUUGUAUAUAAACUACAUUUAUUACUUAGAAAAGUGGAGUGGUACAAAGCAUAGUGGUUGUUUGGGACCAGUAGCUGAACCUCUAUGAUUAACAAUAAGAAAAUGUGGUCUAACAUUAUCAAGCAACGGUAGAUACAUGCCAAAAAAGCCAUUAAUUUCAUAACAAACUAGUAUAUGGAAACAUUGGUAUGGUUGUUUAUACAAAACCAGUAAGUUGUAAUAUGGUAAUAAACAAUAUGUACAAUAAGAAAGUGGUGUUCUUGUCAAAGGAUUAUGUGGGUAUAUUUGAUUUAAUACACUUAUACUGCAGGCUUGGUGAUGGAAGCACUGUUUGAUUGCUGAUAAAGUACUGCCUUUCCUCACCUUACUUUUUGCCCUUAACUGCCUUUAAUCUAAUCAAAUGAUUAGAUAAAAAAAAAAAAUCUGUACAGAAAU